GGCAUCACUGGUGCUAUCGCCAAAGCAGAAAAACAUUUGUCUGAAAAAUUUCUUCGUGCUCCCGGAAACUGUGCACAAAUCCGGCAAAAUAACUUGUUUUGCGGCACCUGAGAAAACCACGUGUCGGGGUCAUCAAAGAUAUUUGCACAGGCCAAACAAGAAGUACAUAUUAGGAGGACAUUAUUUCAUAUUUGCAGUCAAUCUCACGCUAGAUGGAUUUAAACGAAGAAUACGCAUCGGACAGUGAAAGUGAUGAAGACUUCUGUCUUGAGAAUGAAAACGCUGAAUCUGGAAGUUGUGAUGAAGAAAGUUCCGAGUCGGAUGGUGAGGAGGAGGAGGAGGCAAAUGGAACCAAAAGCGUUUCACGUAAAAAGUCCAAAGAUAGUCCAGGAACCAGUACCAAGGAUGACAAUUCCGCCCGCCGAACAAGGAAUUCUGAUGGCACACAAAAUGGCCGCAGGACUGUGGAAAAGGAAGAGCUCGAGUCGGAUGAGGAAGUUGACAAAUCUCGAUCAGAUGCACUGUGGGCAGAUUUCUUAAAUGAUGUGGGUGAUGAGAGCGCCAAAAAGCCUCAAUCAAGCGAGAAGAAAACAAAAACAGAUGAAGUGGAGGCUAGUAAGAAGCCUCAGACAGUUGUUCCAAAGUCACCACCAACAGAUAAACCCAAGGCGCCUGUAACCAAAAUUACAGAAGUGCUAGACUUUGCCGGUGAGCAGGUGACGGUACAAAAAACCGUUAGCAGUUCCAGUGCAAAGGAGAAUCAAAAGCAACUAGCUCCCGGUAAACGACCAGCAAAUGGUGGCGGCUUGGGAUCUUUCCUAAAUACUCUGGGCAAAAAGAAGAAAAUGUCUGUGCUGGAAAAAUCUCAGUUGGAUUGGAAAACGUUUAAAAAGGAUGAGGGCAUUGAUGAGGAGCUGCGAACACAUAAUAUGGGCAAAGAUGGCUACCUGGAACGACAGGAUUUCUUACAGCGCACUGAUUUGAGGCAGUUCGAGAUUGAGAAAAAUCUACGUCAAUCGCGACGACAAAACUAAAUGCAGAUAUAUUAUCUGUCGCUGACUGCUACCACAUUCACAUUAGGAAUUCCAAAUGUACACUUUAGGUGUGAUAUGUAAGAAAAGGAGAUUCGUGCUGUCACUUAAAUUCAAUAUUUUUAACCCAUGUAUUCACGUUAAUAUAAUUUAACUCUAUCAACUCUGCAACGAAGACUAUUACCAAUAUAAGAGCUAUUUUAGUAUUUUUUAAUUUACCAAAUGAGUUCAGCUGAAACAUUCGUAAUUAUAAACCACCAUCAUAUUCUUUGGCUUACAUCAACUGAAAAUGAUACAAAUAUAAAAAUAUUGAUGUUACUAAAAUUAAAAACAACAGAAUUUUAUGAGUAUUGAUUGUAAAUGGUAAAAGAAGUAUAAGAAGAAGCAAUACGUAUGUUUGGAUGGCACUAGCUAAAGCCAACUUUUAACAUAUCUACCUUUUACCUUACUGUACCUUCCUAAUAAAAAGCGCUGCUUUUGGUAUUACAUAAA